ACCAUUUAAGAAAAGGAGGGUUAAAAACCAAUACCGCAACUCCCAAACAUCAAAACGUAAUAUUCCCUUUUAUGUGAAUCAUGCAUAGAGAAGCAGAUGAGAGACAUCGCAGAGCUCAAAACAGGACAAGCCACUGGCGAUUCCUACAAAGACACUAGAUUUGCUCAUUACCCUUUUGUUCCUUCUCCUCCAUCCUCGGUUACACCAUUUUGUUUUGUCCUCAACCAUUGGAAAUCCCCGCAUGUCAUUCUUGUCUCAACAUACUAAAUGUAAUUCAUAGGCUGUGUCUUCAUACAUAUAUAUACAUUAGCAUUCGCACCAUUGAACCAGCCCCAAGCAGAGAUUAGCAUAGAGCCUCGAGGACUUUGGGACUUUGGGGGUCUUUCUUCGGCAAUCAAUCAAUCAUGGUGGAGCCUGCGUUCCCGACGGUCGAUCGGUGCGCGUCGAUCGGGCGCGAGAAGGACACUGUGGUGGCCGACCUGGACGGGACCCUGCUCCGCGGCCGGAGUUCCUUCCCGUACUUCGCCCUCAUCGCCUUUGAGGUCGGCGGGGCCCUGAGGCUCCUCCUCCUGCUCCUGGCCUCCCCGCUCGCCGCCCUCCUCUACUACUACUUGUCCGAGUCUGCGGGGAUCCAGGUCCUCAUCUUCGCGACAUUUGCCGGGAUGAGGGUGGCCGACAUUGAGUCCGUGGCUCGCGCCGUGCUGCCCAAGUUCUAUGCUAGCGACCUCCACCCGGAGUCGUGGCGGGUGUUCUCCGCCUGCGGGAGGAGGUGCGUGCUGACUGCGAACCCGAGGAUCAUGGUCGAGGGGUUCCUCAAGGACUUCUUGGGGGCCGACAUGGUUUUGGGGACCGAGAUACGGACCUACAAGGGGAGGGCCACGGGGUUCGUGAGCCCGCCGGGAGUGCUCGUGGGGAAGAAGAAGGCGGCCGCUCUUCGCAAAGCGUUCACGGAUGAGCAACCAGAGAUCGGCCUCGGCGAUCGACAAACCGAUGUCCCCUUCAUGGCCUUGUGCAAGGAAGGAUUCAUUGUGCCACCCAAGCCGGAGGUCAAGGCUGUGACGAACGACAAGCUUCCGAAGUCAAUUGUAUUCCACGACGGGCGGCUCGUCCAGAAGCCAACCCCUCUCCUGGCCCUCCUCACCAUCCUGUGGAUCCCCAUCGGCUUCCCCCUUGCCUGCCUGAGGAUUGCCGCCGGGUCGCUCCUCCCGAUGCCCCUCGUCUACUAUGCGUUCUGGGCGCUCGGCGUCCGCGUCACUGUCAAGGGCACGCCUCCACCGCCGGCCAAGAAGUCAACCGGCCAGACGGGCGUGCUGUUCAUCUGCUCCCACAGGACGCUCCUCGAUCCGAUCUUCCUCUCCACGGCACUUGGCCGCCCGAUCCCUGCUGUCACCUACUCAGUGUCCAGGCUUUCCGAGGUCAUCUCGCCCAUCAAGACCGUCAGGCUCAGCCGGGACCGGGCCACCGACGCGGCCAUGAUCAAGAAGCUCCUGGAGGAAGGCGACCUGGCGCUAUGCCCCGAGGGGACCACCUGCCGCGAGCCGUUCCUUCUCAGGUUCUCAGCCUUGUUUGCCGAACUGACCGACCAGCUCGUGCCGGUGGCGAUGGUGAACCGGAUGAGCAUGUUCCACGGGACGACCGCCCGCGGAUGGAAAGGGAUGGACCCGUUCUACUUCUUCAUGAACCCGAGCCCGGCCUAUGAGGUGACCUUCUUGAACAAGUUGCCAAUUGAGCUGACCUGCACAGCCGGGAAGACCAGCCACGAAGUGGCCAAUUACAUCCAGAGGACGAUCGCCGCGACGCUCUCGUACGAGUGCACCAGCUUCACCCGGAAGGACAAGUACCGCGCGCUCGCCGGCAACGACGGAACGGUCGCCGAGAAGCCGAAGCUCCCUGCGAACAAAGUCAUGGGGUGCUGACUUAUUACUCUCCCCACUAAGACAAUCUCACUUCUGAUAUCAAAGAGCAAGCAAGGAAACCGAUGCAUUUCAGCUUUUACCGACCGGGUCACGAUGGACCCGUUAUUUCUAGUUCGAAGUUUCGAUUGCAGUGUUCUGUUUACCCGGAAAGCUUGGAAUAAAAUGUUAGGGAGAAAUCUCCAAAGACAUUCUUAGAAUUCGAGGCGAUUGCGAAUAUUACUCUUUUUUAUCUUUGGUUACAUGACAAUAUAUUGCUAAUAUUUUGCUUUCGA